UCAGCUUCUUCGGUCAUGAAUUCCGCUGCAUUUUUUUCACUUUACAGAACCAUUUUCGAAGGAGACGGCGAAUUGCUCAUCCUUUCUCUUUCCUCUUUCUCUCUCCAAGAACAUCUUACUGCAGCCAUGAUCCCAAAAAACUCUCGUUGUUUUAUGUUCUAUGUGUUGUUUUUCCUGUGUUUCUCUAUACACCUUAAUCUAUCCGAAGGAGUUGACAGCAUCACAGCGAACCAAUCUUUGUCUGGAUCUUUAAAACAGACAAUUGUCUCUGCUGGAGAGACUUUUGAACUGGGAUUCUUCACAAGAGGUAAUUCUUCCAGGUAUUAUGUUGGAAUAUGGUACAAAAAUGUUAGUCAACAGACCAUAGUUUGGGUAGCAAAUAGGGAGAAACCCAUUACAGACAUUAAUUCUGCAGAACUAAAAAUUUUAGAUGGGAACUUGGUGCUUGUGGAUAAAUCCCAGGAUCGGAUUUGGUCCACUAAUGUAAGUUCGACAACCUCAAAUUCUUUAGUGGCAACUCUAAAUGAUAAUGGGAAUUUAGUUUUGAGAGAUGGGUCAGAACCUAGGACAAGUGAAGGAUUUUGGCAAAGUUUUGAUCAUCCAGCAGAUACUUGGUUGCCUGGUGGCAAAAUUGCUUAUGACAAACGUACGAAAGCAAAGCAACUUCUCAUUUCUUGGAAAAAUUCUGAGGAUCCAGCACCUGGGCUUUUUUCCCUUGAAUUAGAUCCAAAUGGGAGUCAGUAUAUUAUAAAAUGGAAUAGGACUCAACAGUACUGGACUAGUGGAGCUUGGAAUGGGCAUAUUUUCAGUUUAGUCCCUGAAAUGAGGCUGAAUUAUAUUUAUAAUUUUAGUUAUGAAGAUAAUAUUAAUGAGACUUAUUUCACUUAUUCUCUUUAUAAUCCUUCUCUUAUAUCGAGAUUUGUGAUGGAUAUUUCGGGUCAAAUUCAGCAGUCAUCAUGGUCGGAGAGUACGAAAGAGUGGAAUUUGUUUUGGUCUCAACCUAGGCAGCAAUGUCAGGUGUAUGCUUAUUGUGGGGCAUUUGGUAUCUGCAAUCAGAAUUCAUUGCCCUUCUGUAAUUGUUUGUCCGGAUUUAAACAGAAGUCUGUGAAUGAUUGGAAUUUGAAGGAAUAUUCAGGUGGCUGUGUAAGAGAGAUUGAUUUGCUGCAGUGUGGGAAUGGUAGUACUUCUACAGGGAGGAAAGACAAGUUUUUACGGAAUCCUCAAGUUAGUUUACCUGUAAAUUCUCAAACGGUGAUUGCAGGUAGUGCUGGAGAAUGUGAGUCUGUUUGCUUGAAUAAUUGCUCUUGUACAGCUUAUUCUUACGAUGGCAAUGCAUGCUUAGUUUGGAAAGGGGAAAUAAUGAAUUUGCAACAACUCCCAGAAAAUGAUGGCAGUGGGAGAACUAUAUACGUUCGACUUGCUGCCUCUGCUCCUCAAUUUUCGAGCAACAAAAAGAAUAAAGGGGUUGUCAUAGGUGCUGUUGUGGGUUCUGUCGCUGUUGUUGUGGUGCUCUUGGCAGUUAUGGGGAUCGUGAUCUGGAGACGACAAAAGAGUAGACUUGGAACUUCAAAAGCUGUCGAGGGUUCAUUGGUAGCAUUUGGGUACAAGGACUUGCAAAUUGCAACCAAAAAUUUCUCGGAUAAGUUGGGUGGAGGAGGGUUUGGUUCUGUUUUCAAAGGGAUGUUGCCUGAUUCAACUGUCAUUGCUGUCAAGAAGCUUGAGAGUAUCAGCCAAGGAGAGAAGCAAUUUCGGACUGAAGUAAGCACGAUUGGGACAAUUCAGCAUGUUAAUCUUAUACGGCUUCAUGGAUUUUGUUCUGAAGGUGAUCGGAAGUUACUAGUUUAUGAAUAUAUGGAAAAUGGCUCCUUGGAUUCACAUCUUUUCAAUGUCGAGGAGUCUAAGAUUUUGGACUGGAGAACGAGGUACCAAAUUAUGUUGGGGAUAGCGAGAGGGUUGACCUAUCUCCACGAGAAGUGCAGGGACUGCAUUAUUCACUGUGAUAUAAAGCCAGAAAACAUUCUUCUAGAUACUGAAUUCUGUCCUAAAGUUGCAGAUUUUGGUUUGGCAAAGCUGGUGGGGCGCGAUUUCAGUCGGGUUUUGACAACCUUAAGAGGAACUAGAGGUUAUCUCGCACCUGAAUGGAUAUCAGGAGUUGCAAUCACAGCAAAAGCCGAUGUUUACAGCUAUGGCAUGAUGGUUUUUGAAUUCUUAUCCGGGAGGCGAAACUCUGAGCAAUCCGUUGACGGGAUGGUUAAAUUCUUCCCGUCUUUAGCUGCAAGUGUGAUAGCAGAGGGUGGUGACAUUCUUGACCUAUUAGACCCUGCAUUGGAUAAAAACGCUGAUGCAGAAGAGGUAGCGAAAUUAUGUAAAGUUGCUUGUUGGUGCAUACAGGAUGAGGAAAAUAUUAGGCCAUCAAUGGGUCAUGUUGUUCAGAUUCUUGAAGGCGUCAUGGAUGUAAACUUGCCUCCGAUCCCGCGUUCUCUCAAAUUGUUCGUUGAAAGCCAGGAACAGAUAAUGUUCUUCACUGAUUCCUCCUCGGGGCAGAGUUCACAAACAAAAAGUGACGCUUCACGGGCUUCCUCUCAUUCCAAGGGCACAACAAAAUAGUGCAGUAAUAUUGAAAUUUUAAUAUUUGUUAGAUAUAUUAUUCCUCUGAUAGUAUAAAUGCAAACUUUAAAUAAUCUGAUAUGUGUAAUAGAUUGGUGUGUAUUUAACCUUAGUUGUAUUAAUUAUUUUUUCCAGUUGUGUAUUCAUCACAUAGUUUUGAUUUAAAAUUU